UCACGCGCGGUGCUGCGCGGCGCAGCGCGGCGCGGGGGCGGGUCGGCGCCCGGGGGGGCUGUCAUUAGCAGCGCUGGUCGCCGCCCUCAGCUGCGCCGGUAGGUUCCGGCUCCUCCCUCUGCUGUGCCUGGGUCCCACCAUGGUGCUGGAGUCGGUGGUCGCGGACCUGCUGAACCGCUUCCUGGGGGACUAUGUGGAGAACCUGAACAAGUCCCAGCUGAAGCUGGGGAUCUGGGGCGGUAAUGUGGCCUUAGAUAAUCUACAGAUCAAAGAAAAUGCUCUGAGUGAAUUGGAUGUUCCUUUUAAAGUCAAGGCUGGCCAAAUUGAUAAAUUAACUUUGAAGAUUCCUUGGAAGAACCUUUAUGGCGAAGCUGUUGUUGCAACUCUAGAGGGAUUGUACCUGCUUGUUGUCCCAGGAGCAAGUAUUAAAUAUGAUGCUGAAAAGGAAGAAAAAUCCUUGCAAGAUAUUAAACAGAGAGAGUUAUCCCGAAUUGAAGAAGCCCUUCAAAAAGCAGCAGAGAAAGAUAAACCAAAAGAAGCCAAAAAGGAUACAUUUUUGGAAAAAUUGGCAACUCAAGUAAUUAAAAAUGUACAAGUAAAAAUCACAGACAUUCACAUUAAAUAUGAAGAUGAUGUAUCAGAUCCAACGCGGCCUCUUUCAUUUGGUGUCACACUGGGAGAACUUAGUCUAUUGACUGCAAACAAACACUGGACACCGUGCAUAUUAAAUGAAGCAGAAAAAAUUAUAUACAAGCUGAUACGACUUGAUAGUCUCAGUGCCUACUGGAAUGUGAACUGCAGCAUGUCUUACCAGGGGUCAAGGGAACAGAUCUUGGAUCAGCUAAAAAGUGAAAUUCUUACAAGUAACAAUAUACCCCCAAACCAUCAAUACAUUUUUCAGCCAAUAUCAGCCUCUGCAAAACUUUACAUGAAUCCUUAUGCAGAAACAGAGCUCAAAACACCUAAACUUGAUUGGAACAUAGAAGUACAAAAUAUUGCAAUUGAACUGACCAAACCUCAGUACUUAAGUAUGAUCGACCUUUUGGAGUCAGUGGAUUACAUGGUUAGAAAUGCUCCUUACAGAAAAUAUAAGCCUUAUUUACCACUUCAUACCAAUGGUCGACAAUGGUGGAAAUACGCAAUCGAUUCUGUUCUUGAAGUUCAUAUAAGAAGGUAUACACGGAUGUGGUCAUGGAGUAACAUAAAAAAACACAGGCAAUUGCUCAAGAGUUAUAAAAGUGCCUAUAAAAAUAAGCUAACCCAGACUAAAGUCCCAGAAGAAAUACAGAAACAAAUUCAGGACUUGGAGAAGAUACUAGAUGUUUUUAACAUAAUUUUGGCAAGGCAACAAGCACAAGUUGAGGUGAUUCGAUCAGGGCAAAAAUUGAAGAAGAAGUCUACUGACACAGCCGAGAAACGUGGAGGCUGGUUUAGUGGGUUUUGGAGUAAGAAGGAAUCUAAGAAAAAAGAUGAAGAAUCUUUGAUUCCUGAAACUAUUGAUGACCUUAUGACACCAGAGGAAAAAGAUAAGCUCUUCACGGCUAUUGGUUAUAGUGAGAGCACCCACAACCUAACUUUACCCAAGCAGUAUGUUGCUUAUAUAGUGGCACUGAAGUUAGUAAGCACCUCAAUUACAAUAAGAGAAAAUAGAAAUAUUCCAGAAAUACUGAAAAUUCAGAUAAUUGGUCUUGGCACCCAAGUAUCUCAGCGACCAGGAGCACAAGCACUUAAAGUGGAAGCUAAAUUAGAACACUGGUAUAUAACAGGUCUGAGACAACAAGAUAUUAUACCAUCACUUGUGGCUUCAAUUGGCGAUACUGCAUCAUCCUUGCUUAAAAUUGAAUUUGAAACCAAUCCAGAGAGUAGUACUGCUGACCAGACUCUGGUUGUUCAGUCUCAGCCUGUGGAGGUCAUCUACGAUGCUAAAACCAUCAAUGCAGUGGUUGAGUUCUUUCAGUCAAAUAGGGGAUUGGAUCUUGAGCAAAUAACAUCAGCUACAUUGAUGAAGCUGGAGGAAAUUAAAGAGAGAACUACUACAGGACUUACACAUAUUAUUGAAACCCGAAAAGUUCUUGAUUUAAGGAUAAAUCUGAAGCCUUCUUAUCUAAUAGUUCCACAGACUGGUUUCCACCAUGAAAAGUCAGAUCUUCUCAUCUUAGAUUUUGGUACCUUUCGGCUUAACAGUAAAAAUCAAGGUUUGCAGAAGACCAGUAAUUCAUCUCUGGAAGAAAUAAUGGAUAAGGCAUAUGACAAGUUUGAUGUUGAAAUAAAAAGUGUGCAGCUACUCUUUGCAAGAGCAGAUGAAAACUGGAAGGAGUGUCGAUUUCAGCAUCCAUCUACUAUGCAUAUAUUGCAACCCAUGGAUAUUCAUGUUGAGUUGGCCAAAGCAAUGGUGGAAAAAGACAUUAGAAUGGCAAGAUUUAAAGUAUCCGGAGGGCUUCCUUUGAUGCACGUGAGAAUUUCAGACCAGAAGAUGAAAGAUGUGCUAUGUUUGAUUAACAGUAUACCCUUGCCACAGAAAUCAUCUGCACAGUCUCCAGAGAAACAGGUAUCCUCAAUUCCUAUUAUAUCAACUAGAACAAAAGGCCUACUUGGUACGCCCUUGUUGCUGGAUGGCGUUGAAUCAGAAUCUGAUGAUGAGUAUUUUGAUGCUGAGGAUGGAGACAUACAGCCUAGUAAAAGUACGAAAGCGUCAGAUGUGAAAAAAGCUCCUGAGGCCCCAAAUGAGGAGCUCAUUAAUCUUCUACUAAAGUUUGAAGUUAAAGAGGUGAUUCUGGAAUUUACCAAACAACAGAAGGAAGAAGAUACAAUUCUAGUGUUUAAUGUUACUCAGUUAGGAACAGAGGCUACAAUGAGAACAUUUGAUUUAACUGCGGUAUCUUAUUUAAAGAAAAUCAGCUUGGAUUACCAUGAAAUUCAAGGAUCUAAAAAGAAGCCACUUCACUUGAUUAGUUCUUCUGACAAACCUGGGUUAGAUCUUUUAAAAGUGGAGUACAUUAAGGCUGAUAAGAAUGGACCCAGUUUUCAAACUACCUUUGAAAAAACUGAACAAACAUUUAAGGUGGCUUUUUCAUCUUUAAACCUGUUGCUGCAUACACAAGCUCUUCUCUCUUCUAUUAACUACCUGACAACCAUUAUUCCAUCAGAUGGCCAAAACAUGAGUGAUACCAAGGACAUACAGGUUUCUACUGAAAAACAGCAAAAAAAUUCAGCUCUGCAGAAGGUGGUUGUAUCCUCUAAAGACAGUGACAUUAUUCACUUCAGGCUGUUUGCCAAAUUGAAUGCUUUCUGUGUUGUUGUUUGCAAUGAGAAGAACAAUAUUGCUGAAAUCAAGAUUCAAGGACUCGAUUCUUCCCUUUCUCUUCAGUCAAGAAAGCAGUCACUAUUUGCCAGAUUGGAAAAUAUUAUUGUCACAGAUGUUGAUCCUAAGACAGUUCAUAAAAACGCUGUGUCAAUAAUGGGAAAUGAAGUCUUUCAUUUUAACUUGGAUUUGUAUCCAGAUGCUACUGAGGGGGAUUCCUAUACUGACAUGUCCAAGGUGGAUGGUGUGGUAUCACUCAAUGUUGGCUGUAUUCAGAUUGUCUAUCUCCAUAAAUUCCUCAUGUCACUUCUGAACUUCCUGAACAAUUUCCAGACAGCAAAAGAGGCCCUGAGUGCAGCUACUGCUCAGGCUGCAGAAAAGGCCGCCACAAGUGUGAAAGAUUUUGCCCAGAGGAGCUUUCGUGUUUCCAUCAAUAUUGAUUUGAAAGCACCAGUUAUAGUCAUCCCACAGUCUUCCAUUUCCACCAAUGCAGUAGUGGUUGAUCUUGGGUUAAUCAGAGUUCAGAAUCAGUUCAGUCUGGUAUCUGGUGAAAACUACUCAGACCCUCCAGUGAUUGAUAGAAUGGAUGUGCAACUAACAGAACUGAAGCUUUCUAGGACAGUGAUCCAGCCAGGAAUCUCCCAUCCUGAUAUUCAGCUGUUGCACCCAAUUAACUUGGAGUUUUUUGUAAAUCGGAAUCUAGCUGCAUCUUGGUACCACAAGGUGCCUGUUGUGGAAAUUAAAGGACAUCUUGAUUCAAUGAAUGUUAAUCUAAAUCAAGAAGAUCUUAAUCUUUUAUUUAGAAUACUAGCAGAAAAUCUUGGUGAGGCUCCUGAAGAUUUGAAUAAAGUAAAACCAAGAAUACAGGAUACAGGUGAAAUUAAAGAGCCACUUGAAAUCUCUACAUCGAAACAAGAUGUGCAUGUUUCUCAAGAUACUUUAACAGCUGGAGUGGAAGAAAUAAAAUCUGUAGACAUCAUUAAUAUGCUGUUGAAUUUUGAAAUUAAAGAGGUUGUGAUUACUUUGAUGGAAAAAGCAGAAAAGAAAGGAAGGCCUUUACAUGAACUAAAUGUCCUGCAGCUUGGACUGGAAGCUAGAGUUAAAGCCUAUGACCUGACUGCUGAAGGUUAUCUAAACAAGAUUAGUAUGCGAUGCUUUCAGUUCACUGACUCUAAAGGAGGACCUCUUCACAUUAUUAACUCUUCCAAUGUAACAGAUGAACCCCUUCUGAAAAUGUUAUUGACAAAGGCAGACAUUGAUGGACCAGAAUUUAAAACCACUCAUGACAAUACCAAACAAACACUUGAGGUUUCAUUUUCAUCUUUAGACUUAGUUCUUCAUUUGGAAGCUUUACUGUCCUUCAUGGAUUUUUUGUCCUCUGCUGUUCCAUCCUCUGAACCUUCUAAGAAGGACUCGGAGCUGAAACCACUUAUGGGGGAGUCCAGAAGUAUCAUUGCCAAAACUGUAUCCAGCAACUCUUCUCAAGAUGAUGUGUUUGAUUUAAAGGUCACCGCUAAAUUAAAUGCAUUUAAUGUUUUUGUCUGUGAUCAGAAGUGUAAUAUUGCAGAUAUUAGAAUACAUGGAAUGGAUGCCUCUGUCUCUGUGCGGCCAAAGAAGACCGACAUGUUUGCCAGACUUAAGGAUAUCAUAGUUACGAAUGUUGAUUUAACAUCCAUUCACAAAAAGGCUGUCUCUAUUUUGGGAGAUGAAGUCUUUAGGUUCGAAAUGACUCUUUAUCCAGAUGCCACAGAAGGAAAGGCCUAUGCUGAUAUGUCUAAAGUAGAUGGCAAACUUAGUCUCAAAGUGGGUUGUAUUCAGAUUGUAUAUGUUCAUAAAUUCUUCAUGUCUCUUUUGAAUUUCCUCAACAAUUUUCAAACCGCCAAAGAAGCUUUGAGCUCAGCUACGGCCCAGGCUGCAGAAAGAGCUGCUUCCAGCAUGAAAGACUUGGCCGAAAAGAGUUUCCGCCUUUUGAUGGAUAUCAACUUGAAAGCACCAGUUAUUAUCAUUCCUCAGUCUUCAGUAUCACCUAAUGCUAUUAUAGCAGAUCUGGGUUUAAUCACAGUUGAAAACCGAUUUAGUGUAGUUUCUAGGGGACAUCAUUCUCUACCCCCCGUCAUUGAAAAAAUGGACAUCCAACUCACUCAGCUAAAGCUGUCCAGAACAAUUUUGCAGGCUGACUUACCACAACAUGACAUUGAAAUUUUAAAACCAGUCAACAUGCUUUUAUACAUACAGCGAAAUUUAGCAGCAUCAUGGUAUGUGCAAAUUCCAGGAGUGGAGGUAAAAGGAAGACUAAAACCUAUGCAGGUUGCGCUCAGUAGAGAUGACUUAACAGUUUUAAUGAAAAUUUUGCUAGAGAAUCUUGGAGAAGCUUCUUCACAGCCAAGCCCUACGCAGUCUACCCAGGAGGCUGUGAGAGUCAGACAAGACGUUUCCAGUAGACCUGAGCACUUCAUAGAACAGGAAGAUGUGACAGACUCCAAGCUUGCUUUGGACCAGAGUGUCACUCUCCAGUUUGACUUUCACUUUGAAUCUCUUUCUAUUGUACUGUAUAACAAUGAUACCAGCCAGGAAUCCAAACUUGCAUUUCAUAAUGAUAGUUUCCGGCUCGGUGAACUCAGGCUACAUCUUAUGGCUUCUUCAGGGAAGAUGUUUAAGGAUGGCUCAAUGAAUGUCAGUAUUAAACUUAAGACCUGCACUCUUGAUGAUCUCAGAGAAGGAAUUGAGAGAGCAACAUCAAGAAUGAUUGAUAAGAAGAAUGGUCAAGAGAACAACAGUUCUAUGAUUGACAUAAGUUACCAACAAGGCAAAAAUGAAAGUCAUAUUGAUGCUGUUCUUGACAAGCUGUAUGUAUGUGCCAGUGUGGAAUUUCUGAUGACUGUGGCUGAUUUCUUUAUCAAGGCUGUACCUCAGAGUCCAGAAAAUAUGACUAAAGAAUCACAGAUUCCACUGAAACAAACUGCCUUAGCAAAAAUCAAGAUGGAGAAAGAUGACUCUCUAAGACCAAAUAUGAUUUUAAACGCCAAGAUCACGGAUCCAGAAGUGGUUUUUGUUGCCAACCUGACAAAGGCUGAUGCUCCUGCUCUAACAGCCUCGUUCCAGUGUGACUUCUUUCUAUCAACAUCCAAACUUGAACAGAUAAUGACAGCUUCUGUGGGAGAUCUUAAAGUGCUUGCUUGCCCUUUUCUCAGAGAAAAGAGAGGAAAAAAUAUUACCACAGUCUUACAGCCGUGUUCUCUAUUUAUGAAAAAAUAUACACAGACAUCAGGAAAAGAAAAUAUAGAUAUUAAAGUUGAAGAAUUUAUAAUUAAGAUUUCACCCAUAAUUCUUAAUACCGUGAUGACAAUAAUGGCUGCUAUGUCCCCAAAGACAAAAGAAGAUGAAUCCAAAGAUACAUCUAAGGAAACGGAAAAUCUCUGGGACAUCAGAUCUAUUAGUGAUUGCAACUCUUGGUUUCUUGGUGUUGACAUGGGCACAGAAUUAACAGAAAGCUUCAGAGAUGUUGAAAAUCAGUCGAUAGAGGAAAAUUGUGCUGUUGUUGUUGAGUCAGUUCAAGUUACCUUAGAAUGUGGCCUUGGGCAUCGAACUGUACCUUUAUUAUUGGCAGAGUCUAAGUUUUCAGGAAAUAUUAAAAAUUGGACUUCCCUAAUGGCUGCUUCUGCUGACAUGACAUUAGAGGUUCAUUAUUACAAUGAGACCCAUGCUGUUUGGGAGCCACUGAUUGAGAGAGUGGAGGAGAAAAGACCGUGGAAUUUAAGCCUUGCUGUAAAGAAGAAUCCAGUCCAAGAUAAAACUUUGAUGCCAGGAGAUGAUUUUAUUGCAAUUCCUGAGCCACAAACAGAAAUUGAUAUUUCUUCAGGAGAUACAAUGAAUAUAACAAUAUCCAAAAGCUGUCUUAAUGUUUUCAACAAUUUAGCAAAAGGUUUUUCAGAGGGCACUGCUUCUACUUUUGAUUACUCUUUAAAAGACAGGGCUCCUUUUACAGUAACGAAUUCUGUAGGUGUUCCCAUUAAGGUGCAGCCCAAUCAUAAUCUCAGAGUGAUGGGCUGCCCUGAGAAAAGUGAUGUGUGUGAUGUUGAUGCUGGUCAGAUUCUGGAAUUGGAAUAUGCCACUAUGGAACCUUCACGUCAAGGGAAACUGUCUAUACUCAGCCGUCAAGAGAGCUCCCUCUUCUCUUUGACCUUUGCACCUCAUGGAUAUACAGAAGUAACCCAAGUCCCAAUUGCCAGACCUGGACGGCAGCUGUAUAAUGUAUGGAAUCCUAAUACCAGUCAUUUUGACUCACUCGUGGUACAAAUUGACGCAACUGAAGGGAAUAAAGUAAUUACUGUUCGUUCUCCUCUCCAGAUUAAAAACCAUUUUUCUAUUGCUUUCAUCAUCUAUAAAUAUGUUAAGAAUGUGAAGCUGUUGGAGCGCAUUGGAAUAGCCAGACCUGAAGAGGAGUUCCAUGUUCCUUUAGAUUCAUAUAGAUGUCAGUUGUUCAUUCAGCCAGCUGGUAUCUUAGAGCAUCAGUACAAAGAAUCCACCACUUAUAUUUCCUGGAAGGAAGAGCUUCAUCGGAGCAAAGAAGUCAGAUGCAUGCUGCAGUGUCCAUCAACAGAAAUGAACUUCUUACCUCUCAUAGUCAACACAGUUGCUGUGCCUGAUGAAUUGAGCUAUAUAAGUACACAGGCGGAAGACUGGGAUCCCGCUUACAUCAUUCACCUUUACCCUACUGUCACCUUGCGAAAUUUUCUCCCAUAUUCUCUAAGAUACUUACUUGAGGGAACAGCAGAAACUCAUGAGCUGACCGAAGGCAGUACAAGCAAUGUUCUACAUUCGCGAAUCAGUGGAGAAAUAAUGGAAUUAGUUCUGGUGAAAUAUCAGGGCAAAAACUGGAAUGGACAUUUCCGUAUAUGCAAUACCCUUCCCGAAUUCUUCCUUGUGUGUUUUUCUUCUGACUCCGCAGAAACGUUGACAGUUGACCUGUCGAUACAUGUCAAGCGAAUUGGCAGCCAGAUGGAGCUCUCCAUUUUCAGUCCCUACUGGCUAAUCAACAAGACUUCUCGGGUUCUCCAGUAUCGUGCAGAAGAUACGCAUGUGAAACAUCCAGCUGAUUUUAGGGAUAUUGUUUUAUUCUCUUUCAAGAAGAAGAACAUUUUUAGUAAAAAUAAGGUACAGUUAAAAAUUUCAACUAGUUCGUGGUCCAAUGGCUUUUCAUUGGAUACAGUGGGAAGUUACGGAUGUGUGAAGUGUCCUGCCAACAACAUGGAAUACCUGGUUGGUGUCAGCAUCAAAAUGAGCAGUUUUAAUCUUACACGAAUAGUCACUUUGACUCCCUUUUAUACCAUUGAGAACAAGUCAUCAUUAGAACUGGAAGUUGGUGAGAUUGCAUCUGAUGGCUCACCGCCGACUAAUAAAUGGAACUACAUUGCUUCUUCAGAGAACCUUCCAUUUUGGCCUGAGAAAUUUUCAGGCAAGCUUUGUGUGAGAGUGGUGAGCUGUGAGGGAUCAUCCAGGCCAUUCUUUUAUAACCAACAGGAUAAUGGCACUUUAUUGAGCUUGGAAGAUCUGAAUGGGGGUAUCUUGGUGGAUGUAGAUACUGCUCCGCAUUCAACUGUCAUCAGCUUUUCUGACUACCAUGAGGGAUGUGCACCUGCCCUAAUAAUAAACCACACACCAUGGAACAUCCUCACAUAUAAACAGAGCGGGUCAAAGGAAGAAAUGGUAUUGCUGCCAAGACAAGUUCGACUCUUUGCCUGGGAAGAUCCCACUGGUACCAGAAAGCUUAAAUGGAGUUAUGCGGAAAAUGUUGGGGAACAUGAUCUGUUAAAGGAUGAAUGUGGACAGUUUGCCUAUGAUGCAAACAUGCAGAUACACUGGGUAUCAUUUCUCGAUGGGCGCCAGAGAGUCUUGCUUUUCACUGAUGAUGUUGCCUUGGUUUCCAAAGCUCUGCAGGCAGAAGAAAUGGAGCAGGCCAAUCACGAAAUAACUUUUUCUCUCCGUAGUCUUGGGCUUUCACUGGUUAACAAUGAAACCAAGCAGGAAGUUUCAUAUAUUGGGAUAACCAGUUCUGGUGUUGUUUGGGAGAUGAAACCAAAACAGAAGUGGAAGCCAUUUAGUCAAAAGCAAAUAAUUUCAUUGGAAAAGUCCUAUAAGAAAUACCUAGAAUCAAGAGACCUUGGCUGGAUUAAACUAGAUGAUAAUUUUGAGGUGAAUUUUGGCAAGGACCCAAUGGAAAUGCGCCUCCCUUCUCGGUGCUCUAUAAGGCGACAUUUUUUAUCAGGAAUUCAAGUUGAAUAUAAGCAGUCCCCUCACCAAAGAAGUUUAAGGGCCAGAUUGUAUUGGCUUCAGGUUGAUAGUCAGUUACCAGGUACAGUGUUCCCUGUUGUAUUUCAUCCUGUGGCCCCUCCAAAAUCUAUUGCUUUGGACUCAGAGCCCAAACCUUUCAUUGAUGUGAGUAUCAUCACAAGAUUUAAUGAGUACAGUAAAGUCUUACAGUUCAAGUAUUUUAUGGUUCUCAUUCAGGAAAUGGCCUUAAAAGUUGAUCAGGGAUUUCUAGGAGCUAUUACUGCGCUGUUUACCCCAACAACUGACUCUGAAGCUGAAAGAAAAUGGACAGAGUUAAUCCGGGAAGACUUAGAUGCUAUAAACACAGAAUUAGUGGGGACCUCAGUGACUGAUACAUCCAUUCUUAGUUUCUUUGAAGAUUUCCAUAUUUCUCCUAUAAAGUUGCACUUGAGUUUGUCUUUGGGUUCUGGUGGUGAGGAGUCAAACCAAGAGAAACAGGAAUUGAUUCCAAUUCAUUCUGUUAACCUGCUGUUGAAAAGCAUCGGUGCUACUCUGACUGAUGUGGAUGACCUUAUAUUCAAACUUGCUUAUUAUGAAAUUCGGUAUCAGUUUUACAACAGAGAUCAGCUCAUGUGGAGUGUUGUUAGACAUUACAGUGAACAGUUCUUGAAACAGAUGUAUGUCCUUGUAUUGGGCUUAGAUGUACUUGGAAACCCGUUUGGAUUAAUUAGAGGUCUAUCUGAAGGCUUUGAAGCUCUUUUCUAUGAACCCUUCCAGGGUGCUGUUCAAGGCCCUGAAGAAUUUGCUGAGGGGUUAGUAAUUGGAGUAAAAAGUCUCUUUGGACACACAGUAGGUGGUGCAGCAGGAGUUGUAUCUCGAAUCACCGGCUCUGUUGGAAAAGGUUUGGCAGCAAUUACAAUGGACAAAGAAUAUCAGCAAAAAAGAAGAGAAGAGAUGGGUCGGCAGCCUAAAGAUUUUGGUGACAGCCUGGCCAGAGGGGGAAAGGGCUUGCUGCUUGGAGUUGUUGGUGGAGUGACUGGAAUAAUAACAAAGCCUGUGGAAGGUGCCAAAAAGGAAGGAGCUGCUGGAUUCUUCAAAGGGAUUGGAAAAGGGCUUGUGGGUGCUGUGGCUCGUCCAACUGGUGGAAUCAUAGAUAUGGCCAGUAGCACCUUCCAGGGGAUUCAGAGGGUUGCAGAAUCAACAGAGGAUGUGUCCAGGCUCCGUUCCCCUCGCCUGAUCCGUGAAGAUGGCAUCAUUCGCCCUUAUGACCGACAGGAGUCUGAGGGCUAUGACAUAUUUGAGCAAGAACUGGAAAUACAGGAGUAAAUGUUUUGUAUACUGCUACUUGAUUUCAUCCUUAAAAAUCAAAACAAACUGUGGUAUUAAUUGACUGUCCUGAUUUAUUUAGAGUGAGAGUCCAUUUUGAUGAAAUUAUCUUUACAUUUCUUACCUCUCUCUGAACUUUUUAUUGUAGUGGCUUGGCUACAGAUAAAAACUGUGAUAUUCCUGGUAAUAUUGUACAGGAAUAAGAGGUCAAUAUAAAAGAUGAAAAGAUGCAGGAAAUCAACUUUGUUUUAUAUUUAGUUGGAGGGAUACUUUAUUGAACUUUUACUGUCAUCCUGAGAAUUUCACCUUUUCUUAUGGUAUUCAUAUGCAUUUCUGGUAAAGUUGCAAAAAAAAAAAGAAUAAUUCUUAUGUCCAAUCUGUGUGUUCUUUAUGUAUAUGAGUCCUGCUGGUAGAAUUACACAACUGUGUUUCAUAAAUCACCAUAAAUUUACUCAAGUUAUAAAACUAUUGAUUGGGGCAUAUAUUUUAAGAAAUGGAGUAUCACUUGCUCUGGGCUUCCUUGAUGGCUCCGUGGUAAAGAAUUUGCCUGCCAAUGCCGGAGACUCAGGUUCAGUCCCUGGGUUGGGAGGAUCCCCUGGAGAAGGAAUUGGAAACCCACUCCAGCAUUCUUGUCUGGGAAAUCCUGUGGACAGAGGAACUUGGCGGGCCACAGCUUGUGGGGUCACAGAGUCAGACACAACUGAACGACUAAACAAUAGUCAGUUGCUCUGGAUCAGUCCCUCAACCUCAAAUAAGUAUUGGCGCAUCAAUUUUGAGAAUUUAUUCCCUUGCCUCUUUUUCUAUUUUAACUUCUCUAUACUCCUGCUAGAUAAAUCGCAAUCAUUUUCUAAUUAUGUUAUGUAUAGUCUUAGCCCUUUGUAUUUAUACUUUUUAAAAAUUAAGUCUCCUUAUUGGUUAUGCUUAUUUCACAAUUAUUAGAUGUAAAAAUAGAAGUUGAACAUGUAAUUAAGCAGAUUACUUGUGUGGCUUUUGAAUUGAUGGAUGUCUUUAUAUUUAAAAACCAAUCUCUUUUGCUUUUAAAUCCUUCAAGAAGAUGCAUAAUCCUAAUGGAAAUUUAAAAAAUAUAAACUAUGAUUUUGAAAUUAGCGACCCCAGAGUAAACUUUCAACAUGUUAUAUUUUGAUUUCUCUUUUUUCUAUAAUUGAUAAAAAUGUUAGAUUUAGUAGUAUCUUAUCUAGCAACUUUCAUGUUUCCUCCCAAAAUUGGAAACAAAUUAUGAAUUUAGAUUUAUUGUGUUUUACAUUUAAAGAGAAUGAAGCUAUUAAACAUACAACUGUUCAGUUGCAUUAUAUAUUUUUAAACUAUAGUUAUCAAAAUAAUAAAUUGAAUGCUUCAUAUUUGAAGCAAGCACUUUAUAGAAGAAUUUGCAGCCCCACGAACUGUAGCCCACCAGGCUCCUCUGUCCAUGGAAUUCUCCAGGCAAGAAUACUGGAGUGGGUUGCCAUUUCCUUCUCCAGGGGAUCUUCCUGACCCAGGGAUCGAACCCAGGUUUUCUGCAUUGCAGGCGGAUUCUUGACCGUCUGAACCAGGGAAGCUUCCUAUUUGAAACAAGCACUUUAAAAUAGAAGAACGACAUCACUAGCCUGCCUAAAAUUGUAGCUGAAAAACUUUUCUUGUGCCUAGAUAAUUGAGGGUUGGCAGAAAUAGCGCCUCAUAUGCAGUUUCUAUGAGAAUCAAGCACAGUAACUAAUUCAAGAUUCUAUCUUAAAUCAUCACUAAUAAUUAUUCUUUCUUCUUAGGUAAAAGUAAUAUUUUUUCAAUUUUCCUGAAAAUAUUAUUAAUACAAUUUUAAUGAGACUUCUGGGAAAAAUUUUUUCUUCACUGUUUACUUUUUGAUCAUGUAGGUCUUUACAGUGUUCUUUUCCUCAUGAUUUCCCUUUUUUCCACCCGCGUGUCUGUAAGCACAAAACUUCAAGAAACUUUAUUAUUUUAGCUAAAUAUAGUCAUUGUGUGUGAUUCAGUAGUUUUCGUUAAGAUAUGAGAACUGGAAGAAAUAGAAUGAUUGUACAUUAAGAAAAGAGCUUGGUAACUUUUUUCCAUGGGUAGCAAGGGUAGGCAUGGAUAGUUAAGAAGUUUAGGCUGUUUCAUCCCUUACUAUCUUGUUGAAAUCAGUUAGUUAGGAACUAAGUAUUUGAUUAUCUACACUGUGCUGGAUAUCCAAAUGAAAUGAGACUUCUGUCCUUAAUGGACCAAGUAUAACAAAAUGUGUAAAUAUUGAAGAGCACUAGAGGGUAAAAUUAUAUCUUCCUUAGUGCUUACUAUAAUAUGGGUACAUUCUAAAUAAUUUGGAAUAAUUUGGGAAUCUUUGGAUUUACCCCCUUUUCUUUUCUCUGAAUAUUGUUCUGCAUUCUUUAAGAGUGAGCUUUAAAAGUUACUGAAUUAUAUUCUGUGUUUUCAUAGGAUAUACUCUUCUACUUAUCCUCUCUUCUCCCAGGAUAAUUACCAUCUACACACACACACACACACACACACACACACACACACACAUAAAUACUUACACAGAGACAUAUAUGAAAUAUAUAUAUGUAUAGCCAGUUUUUGUUUAAUAUUCAUCUUACUUCCCAUAGUUAAUGAUUAUAUAAUAUUUAAAAUGGCAUUCCUUGCUUUUUUGUCUUAAUUAUAUUUUUCCUGGUUCUUAGAAAUGCUUCAUUUUUAAUUCUUGCAUUAUCUAUUGAGCUAACUUUACCUCAUAUAUUUGACUAUUCCCAAUUCUUGACAUUAGAGCUGUUACCGUUAUUUUACAUUAAUGACACUAUGAUACUAUAUAUAUGUUUAAUAUAUUUUACAUUAAUGAUACUAUGAUAACAUAAUGAUGUAAUAAACAUCAUUAUACACAUUGCUUUUUCAUAUCUUGUAUUAUUUCCUUCGAAUUUACUUGAAAAAAUUGAAUGCUUUUGCUAAAUAUUAUAAAUUCUUCCAGUUGCAUUUUUGGGAAGGAAGAGUGGAUAUUUUAUAAACUCAUCUGCCAUAGAGACUGAAUCUCAGAGUGUAGUGGGUUUCAGAAGUGCUGAAAACUAGGUUUCUGUAAUGUGUUAUGGUGGUAAAAUAUACUUUAAAAGCUUUAGUUUUUUAAAAUGCAAAGCUUAUAACUAACGAAAAUGCAUACAAGAUGGUAGAAGAUGGAAAGUGAGUAGUAUUGUACAUUUCAUCUCAGAUCUAAAUGUUUUAACAUAUUUAAAUUUCAAGACUGAAAAUAAAUAUACUAAAUUGUUAUUUUCAUUUAUAUUCAUUUUAAAGGAAUUAAGGUAUAAAUAUUAAAAGAUAUUAGUUAAUUCACACAAGGAAGAUAUGAAACAAGUAACUGUUAAACUUCACUUCUCUCUGAGAUUCAUUCUGAAGUUGAGACAUCCAUUCUGAGGUUGAGACCCCCAUUCUUUAGGGAUUCAUCUUUGUUGUUCAUGGCUUUUCGUAAUUGGUCAAAGAAUGAUGGAACCAAGGAUCUUUAAAAAAAAAUUGUGUAUUUUGCUAUUGAAAUAAUAAACAAGUGUGCUUU